AUGAUCUCUGAUGUACGAUCAGCAGAAGACCUCAACAACGGAUUGCAAAAGUACCUCGUCGAUCUGCACAUCUUUCUCCUUAUACGCAUCAACUGCUAUGUUCUCGAUGCAAGCUACUGGCCACUUGAAGUGGGCACUUCAACAAUUAGCUGCAACCACACAGCCUCUCUGAAGAAUAGUCGUAGGCACUUUGAUUUGAAUGAGCGACCAAUCAAAAUGAAACAAAAUCUAUGA